AUGUUCGAACAGCAGAUCAACUUGACUGACGUUUUUGUGUCGAUGCGAAAAGACCCUGUGAAAUACAAGGUUGAUGAAUUUCUCGUCGGCCAUCUUGGAUUUCUGCGGAAAAAGGAAAACAUUGAAUCUUGUUGUCGAAACGAACCGGAGAAUUUGGAAUUUCCGGCGGAAGAUUUGGCUAACUUUUGGGAACUCAAUCACGCUUACCUGAUUAUAGGAUCAGCAUUCAUGGCUUCUUUGAUCUAUGCUGCAUAUUUGAUUUGCUGCAAACCACUCAAUCGUGUUUUGCCUUAUGAAGCAGUUGGAUUUGAACACCUGAAGAGCGAAAAAAUGACAUCAAAAGAACGAGCUUUCCGAGUGAAUCAAAUGAACAAGAAAAAAGAGCUCGGGGAAAUUCCGCCUGUUUUUCCAAAUGGCUGGUUUGCGCUAAUGGAAAGCAACGAUUUGGCCAAAAAUUCCAGCAAAUUCAUCCAAGCUUUAGGUACCGGGUUGUUUUUGGUCCCAAAAGGCGAGAAUUUUGCGGUAUUUCGAGACGCUGAUGGAGAAGUACAUGUACUUGAUGCGUACUGUCCUCAUUUGGGAGCAAACUUGGCUAUUGGAGGCAAAGUUCGAGGCAAUUGCAUCGAGUGUCCUUUCCACGGCUGGCUGUUCGAUGGCAACUCUGGCCAGUGCACAUCUAUUCCAUAUUCUUCCUCAAAACCACCGGUCCAGGCAAAGGUAAAAUCUUGGCCUUGCGCCGAGAGCCUCGGGUUCAUCAUGGUUUGGUACCACGCUGAAGCCGAGGAACCAUUUUGGCAACCACCACAGAUCAAAGGGGUAUCUGAUGGAGAAUAUUCAUUUUGCGGAAGAUCCGAACAUUACAUCAGCACUCAUAUUCAGGAUUUACCGGAGAAUGGUUCAGAUGUCGCUCACCUGAAUGUGCUACACACCGCAGGAAUUCCCGCGGGACCACGUUUGGUUGAUUUGCAUGGAUUCCUCAGCAAGAUUUUUACUCAUUCUUGGACAGCUUCAUGGAAACAAGGUGAUCCCUCACAUACUUCAACUGUGGCAUUAACCCAUACCGGGAAGGUGUUAAACUGGCGAGUCCCAUUCAUGGAUAUUAUUUCCAACAUCGAGCAGAAAGGACCUGGUAUAGUUAUCCUGAGGUUUGAUUCGUUGUUUGGACUCGGUCAGGGUGUUCUAGUCCAAACUGUCACACCUGUGGAACCUCUGAUGCAACGAAUGGUUCACAGAUUUUACUUCAGUAAUCCUUGGCUCAAGAUUGUCGGGAAAAUCUUCCUCUACGGCGAGAAUGUUCAACUUGAACGAGACAUUGCUGUGUGGAACAGCAAAAAAUUCAUACGCCAUCCGCUGCUAGUGAAAGAAGACAAGAUGAUUCUCGCGUAUCGUCGGUGGUUUUCGCAAUUUUAUUCGGAAAAUAGUCCCACCUUAGAGUCUUUGUCAAAGAAGAAGUGCUUGGAUUGGUGAUGGAUUCCGGAAAAUUAAUGAUCAGAUCCAACAAUUCAGUGGGGGGG